UAUUGGUUUAUUGCAAGGUCGGUGGCAACCCAACCCUACCCUUGUCUCCUUUCUCAUAUGCUAUAUAUCAGCCUCCUCCACCUAGCACUUGCUCCAAUUCACUACCACCAAACACAACACAACACAGCAUACCGUGUUUCAUUUUCUCUCACACACAAACCUCCUUCGUUUUCAUUUACUUCUCAGGAGGUAUAACUACUAUUUUUCGCUUUUUUUUUUAAAAAAAAAUUGAUUAAAUCUUUUGCCAUGGGAACCCAGAUUUUGCGACCUCAGGACUGCUUGGUAGAACGAAUCAGGGCUCCUCCGGCUGACUUUUCCCGGCGGAGGAGUUCCGGUAAUUACUGUAAUUAUUAUUACUACAACAACAACAACAACCAUGUCGCCACUUCCAGGUCGUGCCGGAAGCCUGUUAGCCGACCCGACCAAAGGAAACGGGCUGCUCCCGGUUCUGCCCAGCCGGUGGUGGCGGAGGCCGCGGCGGCGGUGUUGAAGAGACCGAGCCGUGAUGAUUCAAGGGUGGCCAGGAGCCAAAGUUUGGAGAUGACUACGAUUCUACGUAGGGGCCAGUCGCUUGAUUCGGCUGUGAAGAGCGAGGUGUACGCCGGAUCUGCGUUCGCGGUGUCUCCGUCGCCGGAAGCGCUUCCUCUGCCGUCUUUUUCGACGAAGAAGCAGGACUCAGUGGCGGUUGAUGACUCCGCCACGCGAGAUCUGAGGCGUCUGCUCCGCCUCGAAUGAAAACGAGCCGGGUUGCAGUCCCGGGUUUCUGGGUCGGGUUGGACCCGACAAAUUAUCCAUAUUCCCCUCUCUCUCUCACCUUAUUAUUACUAUCUAGAAUCUUCUCUUUCUCUUAUCCUCUCCGUAACCGUUACCGUUACGCCCGUCCCGGUUUGAAGUUCUGACCCGACUGUGAUUUUUUUAAACGGAAGGGUGGAUGAUCUGAUCUAAACUAGGGGGUGAAAUGUUUAAAGGUUUGGAGUAGCGUAUGGGCCGUGAGGCUAUGAUUAUGUAUCAUGUAACUUGUAACAUAUUUCUUGGGUUGUUUAUUAAAACAUUAAAAUAAAAUUUAGGGUUUAUAUACUUGUAACACUAAUACCAAUCAGUUCAAAGGGGUGGGAAGAAAUGAGGAAGAAGCAUAAGAAGGAGGAAAUGUAAGUUAGUUUUGUAAAAUCCAGCAAGUGUUUGAAUUUGGUGUAGGUUGGGCUUUCAGCUAUGAACAGUUUGAUGUGAUCAAGUAUAGUUCGUGCUGUGUUGUGAAACACGGUGAUCGACAAGUGAAUGGUUCUGGUUCGUGCUCUGUUGUGAAUUUGCCAGCUUCUCUUUGUACGCUAUUUUUUGUAAAGUGGAGCAAAUUAUUAACUUGAGGAGAUUUGAUCAGAUUUAGUUUCUGCAAGUUUUUUCUUGUUUUGCAAAGACAUCCCCGGAUAAGAAUAAACAAAUGCUUUUCGUA